UUGUCUUAUAACACUAGUCAUAUAUAUUUAUCUUGGAUGGAUACAGGGGUAGAUUUGUUUCCAUUGAAAAAACCAAAAUCUAGGAACACAAAAAUUUGUUUUGUUAAUGUAAGAAGAGUACAACACAAAUGUGGACAAGCACACAAAAAAUCAGACAUGGAUUUUAGCUCCCCAAUCAUCUCUUUACUCCUACAUUUUCUACUCCUGAUUUCUUUAGUUUGUCCUGUUUAUUCUUUAGAAAUAAAUAGCCACCUAUUAGCCAAUGAAAGUUUUGCACCACAUGAAGAGUUUAACAAGUUGAAGAAUACCAUAAGAUUUCAUCUUCAGAAGAUCAACAAACCUUUUGUUAAGACAAUUCAAAGUCCCGAUGGCGAUAUUAUUGACUGUGUUAUGUCUCAUAAACAACCGGCUUUUGAUCAUCAUUUAUUGAAAGGACAAAAACCAUUGGAACCUCCAGAAAGGCCAAGAGGACAUAACCAAAAAGGUAUUUGGAGUGAUAAUUUUCAAAUGUGGAGUUUAUCAGGUGAAUCAUGUCCGACAGAAACAAUUCCAAUUAGAAGAACAAAAGAACAAGACAUAAUAAGAGCUAACUCUAUUAACAGAUUUGGAAGAAAAUUAAAAUAUGUGAGAAGAGACACCACUAGCAAUGGACAUGAGCAUAGUGUAGGGUAUGUGACUGGGGAUGAGUAUUAUGGAGCACAGGCUAGCAUAAAUGUUUGGGUCCCACAGCUUGAAAGCCAAUAUGAAUUUAGUUUGUCUCAAAUAUGGAUUAUCUCUGGUUCAUUUGGAGAAGAUCUCAACACCAUUGAAGCUGGUUGGCAAGUUAGUCCAGAGCUCUACGGAGAUAACUAUCCAAGAUUCUUUACUUAUUGGACGACCGAUGCAUAUCAAGGAACUGGAUGUUACAAUUUACUUUGCUCAGGCUUUAUUCAAACUAACAAUAAAAUUGCAAUUGGAGCUGCAAUUUCUCCAACUUCUACAUAUAAUGGAGGACAAUUUGAUAUUAGCUUAUUGAUUUGGAAGGAUCCAAAGCUAGGGAAUUGGUGGCUUGAAUAUGGUUCUGGAAACAUAGUUGGAUAUUGGCCAUCAUCCUUGUUCACACACUUAAAAGAUAAAGCAACUAUGAUUCAAUUUGGUGGAGAAAUAGUGAAUUCAAUGUCAACGGGGUCUCACACUUCCACUCAAAUGGGUAGUGGACAUUUUGCAUAUGAGGGUUUUGCAAAAGCUUCAUAUUUUAGAAACAUGCAAGUUGUAGAUUCUAAUAACAACUUGAUUCCAUUGCCAAAUCUAAAACUUGUAGCAGACCACCCAAAUUGUUAUGACAUUCAAGGAGGGACUAAUAAUGGAUGGGGGAAUUAUUUUUAUUAUGGUGGACCCGGAAGAAAUGUGAAAUGUCCUUAAAAGAAUAAAUAAUAAAUAUAGAAUUAGAAUUAUAAAGGUAAUCCGCUCAUACCAUCUAGACUCUUUGUAACUAAUGUCUGAAGAUAAUAGAAAAUUAAUUAAAUAUAUAUAA